AUGUUGUACGGAGCGCUGGGGAGCGCCAUGCUGUACGGCGGCCGCUGUACAGCGCCGCUCUGCUGUCGUCACAACGGCGAUUUGGCGCGGGGCGCAGUACUGUAUUUUAUAGGAAAAGCACAUCCUUCAGAAAUGGACAAGAUCUAUGCAGACCCUAACAUGGAAAAUGAUAAUACAGAGCACAUCAGAGGGAAGCGACUGUCCUCUAUUUUAAAGGCUCCACGAAAUCCUCUUGAUGAUCUGGGAAAUGGGAAUGAAUUGACGCAGGAUAUCAAUAUAGAAAAACGUAGGAAAAACUCUCGUCGUGUCAGCUUUGCGAACACCAUAAACUGCAGAGUCUUCCAGCGAGAUCUUAAGAAUAACACGUCAGAGAGAGAAAAGUGUGCAGCAGAUACGAGGAAUGAUGUCCUGCUUAAUCAAAAUGAAGAACCUGAAGCUGUUCCGUGUGAGAUCACUGGGAUGAACACUUUGCUUCAUGCCCCUAUCCAGGCAUCGGUGCAGCAGACUGAGUGGCAUGAUGUGGACAACGCCAUUCAAAGAACAAAUAGGCAUGACACCACCCUCAUCUUUUCAGAUGAAAAUGAAAUGGAUAUGACAGCUAGUCACACUGCAGUGAUUACACGUAACCUAAAAAACAAUCAAACUGAUAAAACUGAGAAAAUAGAUAUCACGUCAUUUCUGGCUGGAUUAAACUCUAACAACGAAAAGGCAGAAAUGAGCAAAGAAUUUCAUUUUUUCUCUGACCCUACAAACCAUCCAUGCCCAUCUUUUGAACAGAAGGAAGAUGCUACUACGGUAAAAAAAAUAAACUUCAAUGAAUUUCUGAUGAGCUUGAAGUCAAAUGAAAAGACACUCAAUCCUAUUGAGGGACCUGAAAAAGAGAAUGUUUUUUUUGUCCCUUCACAAGUCUCAGAAGACGUGGCACGCUCGUCGGUGGAAUUUGUAUAUUCCCAUGAACCACUGGACACCUGCAAUGUAACAAAAGUGUUUAGAGGGCAAGAUGAUGGAAUGGAAAUGACAAAAUGCCAGGCAUCUGAUGUUAAAACUAUGUUUUCUGGUAUUUGUGAAGCUCCACCAGAGCAAUUACUGUGUGCGGAUGUUACUGAGGCAUUUGCAGAUGAUGGAAUGGAUAUGACAACUAGUCACACUGCAAAAAUGUCUUUUCCCUUCUCCAGUGUUGGGAAUCAAAGUCUAAACUUCAAAAAGGAUUUCCCAUCCACAGAGUUAGAUAAUUCUAUAUUAAAGAAAGCAUCUAAUCAGCACUUAAUUGUUGGGCAGGACCCUCAACUUUGUACAGACGAGAAAAUAGUAAAUGUUGAAGACAGACGAGAUCCUGCAGUGCUGCGAACUGUUAAACAAGAGGCCAGGACAACGUCUGCCAUCCCAGGAUCCAUUUCUUCCGAGACUGUCUUCCGAGGUGAUAAAACUGUUGUUUUUUCUAAAUGUGAUGACAUGGAAAUUACUGGGAAUUACACAGAUGUAUUCUAUAAUGACAGUACUAAAGAAAUGAUCGGUUCACGUCAUAAAACUUUAGAAAAGCCAGUUAAUACAAACUCUUCACUAGGAGAAAACAGACACCCAGCACAUGGCGAUAGGGACAUUACAAAGAGUCUAACAUCUUUAGAUAAUCGAGCUUCUCAACCUUUGGGAAAAAACCUUCUAAACACUUCAGUUUCCUGCACAAAUGACAAAAUGGGCAGGUUUUCAGAUGACGAAAACAUGGACAUAAACAAAACUCAUCCUGCUGCCUUUGAUGUUGCUCCUAUUAAUACAGUACAAGAAUAUGAGAAUAAUCAUAAUCAAAAUAAUGUACUAUCCAAGCAGCUGCAAAACCAGACCUUCCAGUUUUCUGGUAGUUCUGAUGUAGAUAUCACAAGUCAGACUGCAGCAAUGGAACGUGGGGAUUUGAAAAUGAACACAAAUAAACAAACUGUUACUCAUUUGCCUCCAAAUAGUUCAUUUAUUUCCAGUAAUGAGCCUGUUCCCUCUGGAGUGAAAGGAAACGAACAACUUGAAACAAUACUAGGAAUAAAAGCAGAUUGCCAAAACUCAGACAGGCAAGAGAAACCCCAUACUAUGAAGGCAAUACACAAAGUAUUGUCAACUCAUGUAGAUUCUGAGAGAGAUUUUUCAAUUGGUAAAACAGUUUCUACAGAAGAAUAUUUUAAAAAUCCUCACUCAGUUGAUGGCCUGUACUUGAGGGGUGCUGAAGAGCCGUUGCUAGCCAAUACGUCUGAACCACAUAAGGGAAGUUCCCAAUUGCCUUCGUUUUUAGAAAAGUCAGUUGUGUUUCCCUCUGGUGAAAACAUGGACUUGACUGGAAACUGUGCGGUAAUGGUUCCUGAUCAUAACAUCAAUCCUGUUUUAUCAGAAAGAAAAGCGGUACCUGGACACAUUGUUCAAGGUGAAAAUAAAAUAAUGUCCUUAAAAAAAGGGGUCAUGAUGACAAGAAAUGGUCAGGAGCAGCCUGCGUGCAAUGUGUACUCGUUGGUAUCUGGCAAGAAAAUGUUAACCAUGACUGGUUUAAAACAUUUGCCUUUUGCAGGUGAGAAAACGACCAUAUUUUCAGAAGAUGCUGAUAUGGACAUCACCAGAAGUCAUACAGUUUCAGCAGACAAAAUAAUUUUGCAGUGUAGAAGUUCAAAUGACGACAUAUCCUUAAUUUCUGGAGAUAAAACUUGUGUUUUUACCUACAAUGAUGACAUGGAAAUAAGUAGACUCGAUACUAUUGCAGUUGACAAAUCUAUGGAAAAGGCUGCAUCUCAAGGCAUGCUUGACAUGGCUAAAAGGACUGGAAGGAAAAGCUUGAAGGGAACAACAGGGGAAAAGACUGUUUUAUUUUCACUGAACAAUGAGAAUAAUGACAUGGAGAUCACAGAGAGCCAUACGGCUGCAAUAGGCCAUGAAAUGGUCUUGCAAAAUGAGGUAGGGCUUCAUUCUGUCUCUUCAGCUCAUCCUGUUAAAACUGUUAUGUUCACAAGUAGCCAGGCUGACGUGGACACUACCAAGUCUUGCUCUGCUGAUGAAAUUACCGUAAAAGUUGUAUGUGGUGAUAAACUGAACUUGGAUAAGGAGGUUGGACAGCAAGCACUUUCAAAUAACGAAGCUACUAUGUUUGCUAUGGAUGAUAUGGAAAUCACUAAAACCCAUAAUGUAGCUUUGGAAGAAAAUUCUCUGCAAGGUAGGCAACCCGAUCAGUCUGUUCCUUUAACUUCCACAAUUAUAUUUACGGGUUACCAGGCUGACAUGGAAAUGACCGAGUCUCACUCUGUUGAUGAAAGUAUUGAAAGAGUCUUAUGUGAGGAUAGGUUAAACCUGGCUAAGCAGGUUGGACAGGAGGCUGUUUCAGAUAGCAAAACCAUCGUUUUUACUUUGGCUGAGGAUAUGGAGAUCACUAAAACUCAUACAGCUGUAUUAAGUGGUGAAAUUGAUGUACAGGACAGAGAGUCCAUUCCAGCCUUUUCUGCAGUUCCUGCUGAUAAAACCAUUGUGUUUACCCACAACCAAGAUGAUAUGGAAAUAACUGCAUCUCAUACUAUUGCUGUUAAUAACAAUAUUAAUGGAUUUGGGAACCAAGAAGUGUCACAUAAAAGCACUCAGCAACCAGACUCGCGCAGUGCGUUGUUGUCUUCUUGCAGAGAUGAAAUAGAUUCCCUGCAUACAAAAGACCUGAAUGGUGAAUAUCAUACAAAAUCUAAGGAUAAGCCCAGCAUUCCCUCUUCUGCUUCAUCAGCCUCAGCGUUUCCUAGUGAGAAAGGAGCUAUCAAAGUCCACAGUGGCACACCACCAGAUUCCGUUUAUUCUGUCUCACUUCCAGAAGAGACUAUGGAUGUGCGGGCACCACAGGAUCUUGACCUCCCCACGGAUAAUUCUGCCCCUGUAAACGGUCAGCAGGAUCUCAUACAGCCAGAAAAAAUGAAAUCAAAGGGAGUAUCUUUCAAGCUUCCAAGUAAUGGGCCCAUGGAUUGCAGUGAAGAAAGUAGCAAUUUGGUAUCCCGUGUUUCACUUCCCAUUCAGCAACCAGAUUCUUUAACGGGUUCUCCAGAUGCACGUAGUCCUCAGAGAAACCAAGUAUUGAAAGGUGAUUCAUCUAGACGUGAAGAUUUAGCUACAGAUUUAGGCUUGGCUGAAGCAAGCCUUGUUCCAGUUUCUAACAAGGAAUCAAAGGAAAAUGAGGGGCCGUCAGCUGAAGGGGAGGCACCUCCAAAAGACUUUCAAAUAAACUCUGAACAAACUAAGCAACUUUUGGUCAGUGACGGUCCAAGAGAUCAAAUAGAUCCCAUUCUUGCACCUGAACUAUCAGGUAUUUUAAAUGUUUGUUCAAAACUGAAAAACAUUAGAAGGAAAUCUGCAGUUCUCUCUGAUUCUGAAACUGCUUUUUCUGACCAGUUGCCCAAAUCAUCAACUCAGCCAGAGGAUACCUUGAGGUUAGGAAAAAAUACUGUAAAUGAAACAAAUUAUUUAUUUUAUACCAAAGAGCAGGAGAACACAUGUCUUCAAUCUGGAGCUGCUCCCACAGAUGCAAAUUUAGGCAUGGCACUUAAGGAUAAAUAUCAAGGAAUAAAUAUCCCUUUAGGUAUCUUCCAGCCUAAAUUACCGAACAGAAGAAAUCCUUCUGUUUCUAGCAUACAAGACAUAAAGGCAAAAUCUUCAGACAAAGGAGAAGCACCAGUUUCAGAAGUAAGCGUAAACGCUGGUGAAACCCCAGAUAACAAGAAGUCUAGUAGGCAGAACUUCAGCCCUUCUCAGUUUAUAGCAGAAGAAUUUCUUCCCGUCUGCCUGGAAGAAAUGGAUUCAAAUGAAUCUGUAAGCUCUGAACUCGUGGAAAAUGUUUGCAAUGAGAUAAGCAAAAAACAAAUCUCCCACAAUGAAAAGGAUCGAUUUGAAGAGACAAAAACUUGCAACAACACAAAAAGAGCUUUGGAACAACACGAGGAGGAUCUUCAAAGUCCAAAGAAGCUCAAGAGGGAUGAAAACUUGGAUGGUGAGGCCUCCCGAGACUUGCAGGUUACUUUUGGCGCUGUGUCUCAAAGCCAAGUAGUUCAUGAAGGUGAAGAUCCUCCAAAUCUAUCAGCUAAAAGCCCUGAUUGUACUCAUGCCAGCACCAGCAGCUCUCUGGAUUCUGUUAAGGCUGACACAGAGUUAACAAUUCAGCGAAGCAGUCAGAUGGAGUCCCAGCUUCUCACAGAUAGCAUUUGUGAAGAUAACUUACGGGAGAAAUUUCAGAAUGGUGUUAUCACAGUUGGGGAGUUUUUUACACUUCUUCAAGUCCAUGUUCCGAUUCAGAAGCCCCGGCAUAGCCAUCUUCCAGCCAAUUGUGAAGUCAGUGCACCACCUACUCCAGAAGACCUUAUUUACAGCCAAUACGUUUACCGCCCCAAGCUACGUAUUUAUGAAGAAGAUUGCCAGGCCCUUUCUCAGAUGAUAGAUGAGUUAAAACCGUAUGCAAACGUCCAGGAUCAACUCCUGGUGAAUGUGAAUAAGAGUUUGUGGGAAGUAAUGAGAACCUGCUCUGAUGAAGAGCUGAAGAGCUUUGGAGCAGAAUUGAACAAAAUGAAAUCCUAUUUCACCAAGGAGAGUAAAAUCUUGGCUCACAAUGAGAAAGUGACAUUGUACAGCAAAUUACUGCAGAGCGCACAGGAACAACACGGAAAGCUACAGUCAAGAAUAGAAAAGGUGGAUGAAUUACUCAAGGAGGCGGAGAGCUGUCUUGUUGCUCUGGAAGCAGAUUCUGACUGGGAAGAAUGGGAAGCAGACUGCAGUGAUGAAAUGGCAGAAGGGAAAACCCUAGGGGAAGAAUUGGAAAGCCUCAGAGCCCAAGAAGAGGAACUUCAAAGAGAACUGUCAGAUCUGGAGACUCAGAAUGAGCAAAUGCUUGCUCAGAUGAACCAGCUAAAGGAAAACGAAAAAAGCUGCCAGGAACUCCUGGAGAGAUACGACUUCACUGAGUGGGAGAUUACUGAAUGGAGUGAACAGCGGGCAGUCUUUAAUUUUCUUUAUGAUUCUAUUGAACUCACAGUUGUGUUUGGACCCCCAAUAGAUGGUGAUGUUUUCGGUGAAGAUCCUUCCAGAAAGAUAGUUAGCCUGAACUUUGAAUCUCUCUUGGAUGAGGAAAAAGCUCCACCCUCCUCAUGUUUAGUCCAAAGACUCAUCUUCCAGUUUAUUGAAAGUCAGGGAUGCUGGCAGGAAAAGUGUCCCACACUGUACUACUUGCCCCAGGUUCUUCAUGACAUCUCUUUGGUGGUGAGUCGCUGCAAGAUCUUAGGAGAGGAGAUUGAAUUUCUGGAGAGAUGGGGUGGAAAAUUUAAUCUUCUGAAGACAGAUAUCAAUGACACAAAAGUGAAGCUUUUGUUCUCCGCUUCCACAGCUUUUGCAAAGUUUGAGUUGACCCUGUCUCUAUCUGCCAACUACCCGUCUGCUUCACUGCCUUUUACUGUCCAAAACCAAAUUGGGAAUAUUGGGGAGGAGGAAAUUUCUGCUGUUCUGUCCAAUGUACCGAUUGGUUACCACUAUCUGCGGAGAAUAGUCAGCUUGAUUCAUCAAAAUUUGCUCCAGGAUCCCAGAUGA